AUGCCUGAAGCAUUUGUCACAGCCACACAUCAAGAAGUAGCACAAUCGCACAAAUGGUCACUAAAAGAAUUAAGGUUAGAAAUCGACCUUAACAGAGAAGGAGAUAAAGAUUCAUUUGUCAUUACAGGAUUAAAGCUUGCUG